AUGGCAGGUACGGAUUUAGUGGCCGGAGAGGUUGUGGUGGAUGCACUGCCCUAUUUUGAUCAAGGUUAUGAAGCGCCCGGCGUUCGCGAGGCGACUGCAGCGCUGGUGGAGGAGGAAACUCGCAGAUACCAACCUACGAAGAACUACCUGAGCUACCUGACAGCCCCAGAUUAUUCAGCUUUUGAAACUGACAUAAUGAGAAAUGAGUUUGAAAGACUGGCUGCUCGACAACCAAUUGAGUUGCUCACUAUGAAACGGUAUGAGCUUCCAGCCCCUUCCUCAGGUCAGAAAAAUGAUAUUACUGCAUGGCAAGAAUGUGUAAAUAAUUCUAUGGCCCAAUUAGAACAUCAAGCAGUUCGAACUGAAAAUCUAGAACUGAUCCAAGAUCCAUCUGACAGUAGCAAUGAUGCCACGGGCCUCUUCUAA